AUACAACACAUUCGAUCUCCCUAAUAAUGAUAUACUAUAAUUAUACAGAAUUAUUUAUCGGAUUUCAGGCCAUUGCAAAACUAACGGUAGAGUCAGUACAUGGCAAUUGAAUAAAACCAUCUCGAGGGUUGGUCCCCGUAACAAGAGGCUCAUCAAUAUCCAUCCAAUGAAUGACAGGAAUUAUGAGGGAGGUAAGAUAUGACACAGAGCAGCUGUAUUGAUGCUACACAUGUGAUAAAGCUCUCUACAAUACUCACAGACAUACUAGCACUAAUGAGUGGCUACAGUGAGGCAUUAUAGAGGAAUCAAGAUGGACAUGGGAACACUCUAGAGAGAGAUGGACUCAUAUACUCACAACCAUAUUAUUCCCUACCUCCACAGAUCCUGAGAAGCUUCCAGAGAAGGAGUACUUUGACUUCUCUAUAAAGAGCAGGUCCAUUCGUUGCAGAGAUCAAAGGUUUCUUCAUUAGCUUAUCAUGACUCACAAAUUGUGUGGGUGGAGCUAAGAUUGCCCGUUGCAGAUGACGUCACACCAAGAGACUAGAAUGGAAGUUGAAGUUGGGGAACACUGUUUUUUCCCUCAAUGCAACAGAUUAGAUUUCCUUCCAUUUGUGUGCGACCUCUGUCAUCAAACAUUUUGUAAAUAUCAUCGAGUCCCCUCCUCUCACAACUGUGAGCACAUCGACACAAAUAUUAUAUCCACGUGCACGUUGCCUGAGAAACAAGAGUUUCUCUUCCACUGUUCCCUCCCCUCGUGCAAGAAGCGUCAUGUGACUAGUGUGGUGUGUGAGUCUUGUGAGCAGUCGUAUUGCAUCCAGCACAGACACCAGGAGGACCACAGCUGCCCUGCACUGAUAGUAGCCGAGCAACACUCUACUAGGACCGUGAGGGGGAGGCCACUGGGACAACCUGCCAAAGCAACUGGAACAAGUGGGGUGAAAGGUGGCAGUUCAUCCAAACACACGAGUGGAAAAGUUGCUUUGAUGAAGUUAAAAAUGAGAGCAGUUGGUCUGGACUCCAUACCACAAGUAUGCAGUGGAGUGGUUGCUGGGGAGGUGGACAGAGUGUAUUUUGAAGUGGAGCUGCCAAGGACUAGUGGACUCCCUAACACCUCCAUGUUUGUUUCCAAGGAGUGGUGUGUUGGACGGACGGUCGAUUAUAUUGCUCAGAGAUUCAAACUAAAGAACGACAAUCACAAAGCACAUGCUCAAAAGCUGUGUCUGUAUUGUGAGGGUGCAGUACUGGGCAUGUCUCAUAAGCUACAGGACCUUAUACACACUGUCAUCACCAUGGGAACUACACUUACACUAGAAUAUGAAUGAAAAUGACUAUCAAUAAAUUUUUGUUGUGUGAA